AUGCUGCGGCCAACGCGGAGGCUUGCCCGCGCCCUCGCCGCCGGCGCCGGCCGGCCGCCAGUGCCGGCUCGCUGUGGCCAGGCGCGCGGCUUCGCCAUGCGGCUGCCGAUGCGGAACUUCUACCGCGAGCCGCCUGAAGGCCUCACGCCGAUCCCCAUUGCGAUCGUCGGGCGGGCCAACGUCGGCAAGUCGACGCUGUUCAACAGGCUGCAGUCCGGCACGCGGAAGAAGAAGACCCCAGUGGCGCGCACGGCGAUCGUCUCCGACAGACCGGGCACGACGCGCGACAGGAAGGACGCCGUCGCGGUCUUCGGCGGCCUGCUCCUGCGCCUGACGGACACGGGCGGGCUGGAGACGGAGGCUAGAGCGCCUGGAGGAGGAGGGAGGGAUGCUGGGCAGAGUGGGCAGAGUGAGCAGUAA